UUCAUUUGCUAGACACUUGCAGUUUUAUAAAAGUUUAAACCUAAUUUUUACGUUUUAGCUCAGGCAAACACAGUAUAAAGCAGUCUGUCAGUAUGCCAUGGUUCGAGAACCUAACCGAGAAACACAACGUUUAAAUGGCCACUGAUUCGAAAGAUAAAUGGAGAAGAACACUGGAUUUCGCAGUGUGCAAGAGGGUCUACGACUGUUUGCACGGUUCGGCUUAGUGGUAUUUCGGGCACACCAUACACCAUUAGAAAGAGCAUGGAAUUUGCUAUCUGAUUGGUGAGGUUUAAUUACGAUCCAAUCAGAAACCCGACGGGCAGGGCGACGAGAAGUACGAGCAUACAGUUUACGAGUACGAAGCACGGCUAGCAAGUCGGUUCCGGUUCAGAGUGGCUGAAUAUACACACGCUGUAAUACCGUAUCUAGAUAAGCCAUUGUUUUACUGUUUUUGGUGUGAGUGGGUUUCUGGCGGUUUAUUUGAAUUGUCGAGGAAUGGGCGGUCGUCGUUGUUCAGCAUUUGCCUGCCCAAACGUUCGGCCAAGCAAUCAGUCAACAAUCUCUUGUGUUCGGACGUUUCAUAAGUUUCCUGAUCCCAGACACGAUGCAUAUCGACGGUCGCUGUGGAUCGCUUUCAUGCGGCGCGGUCCUUCGGGGAAACCCUCCACUUAUUCAUAUCUGUGUUCUGACCAUUUCCUUAAAGACUGUUCUGAAGAAGGUUGUACAGAACGUUUGAGACUGAAGUCCACUGCAGUGCCAACUAUCGCGCCGGGUCAUGCUGCAUUACAGCCUGCUGGAAUCUUGGGCGUCGAACCUAACUCUAAUUUCGCCAACCACUCACCACUGCUCGACAGCAGCAAGGAAUUCAAGCCACUGGUUCUGAGACGCGGUAAACGACUCCUCCACGCAACCAGUGAUGCCCAACGCUCCAAGAAGAGCAGCAAUUCCGACGAAGUAGAUGAUUACAUUUCUGAAGAUGCUUCCACUGGGGAAACUGGACGCAAAGAUGUUUGCACACAGAAACCCGAAAUUGAGUGCAAAGUAGUUGCACGGACAGUGGAAGAUUUGUUCGAUUAUACGAGGCUGGAGAGCAAUCUGGAUCUGGUGCGCCUUCCACCGUUUUGGAACGCAUGCGUAUUGGAAAAGGGAAGCACGGUUGUCUUUCUGCGACUGGAUCCUGAUACCUUCGAAACCCUUUUUACUGUCGCAGUUUCGGCUCGGCUGGAAAUAAAGAUUCUUGUGCGGAAUCGCCCGUACACUCCCGGAGAUUUUUCGGUUCGCAAAGUGGUCAGCUUCCAGACUAUUGCUGAUUUGGCGUUCGCCUUGGAAACGAGCACAUUAUGCCCAUUGUCGGAAACAAAGCUAACAAAUUCCCACUGUGAUCUCGCAUACCGCGGAAAAAAGGUGAACUGCCCAUCGUGCAAAAGAUUUUGUCAACUGCAUGCGGCUGCCCAGGAAUACGGGGCAUGAUUGUAGUUAGUAUCAUUUCGGUCUACCGCGGUGAUUCAAAUAGUGGCUGUGAUAUUGUGGACCUGCCUGUUGGGCUCAGUUCACAAGAAUUAACUGGAAACGCUUAUCUUCUUUGGAUUUUCUGAGUCGUUGCAGAAGCAACUGAUGGCUGUUAUGAUCUUGCUAAACUUUUCUAAAAUUCCUGAUUCCUGAAUCUUCUGUUGCUGCCUUUUUGUACAUAAAUGUGGAAGCCAUUUCGCACGAAGUCGAAAUAAAUACAGGAGU